AUAUGGCCAUGCAGUUGGUAACAUUAUUUUGUGUAAUGAUACUCAACCUCACUUCAGUAUUUGCAACCACGGUGAAUGAAGGCUAUGGUGGUGAUAUUAAUACUGGAUGUCCAUUAGGGGCUGACAUAUACCAAUAUUCAUGCCCUCAAGCAGAGGCCAUAAUCUUUUCUUGGGUUGAACAAGCUGUCUCUAGUGACCCAAGAAUGGCAGCUUCAUUGCUAAGGCUUCAUUUCCAUGAUUGUUUUGUCAAUGGUUGUGAUGCUUCAGUGUUGCUGGAUGACACACACGACUUUGUUGGUGAGAAAACUGCUGCUCCAAAUUUGAAUUCGCUUAGAGGAUUUGAAGUGAUCAAUGAAAUAAAAUCUGAACUAGAACUAGUUUGUCCACAAACUGUUUCUUGUGCUGACAUUCUAGCAACUGCUGCUAGAGAUUCGGUUCUUCUGUCAGGAGGACCAACUUGGGAGGUGCAAAUGGGAAGAAAAGAUAGUAUAACGGCUAGCAAGGUAGGAGCAAAUAAUAACAUUCCAGGUCCAAACUCAACCGUUGAUGUACUUGUGUCCAAGUUUGAAAAUGUUGGCCUUACACUUCAAGACAUGGUUGCACUCUCAGGUGCACACACAAUAGGAAAAGCCCGGUGCUCAACAUUUAGUUCUCGCUUACAGAGCAACAGCAUUUCAGAUGGUCCAUAUGUUGAUGUGGAAUUUGUUGCAUCGUUGCAACAGUUGUGCUCAGGACAAGGUAAUAGCAACCGAAUUGCACAUUUGGACCUGACCACACCAGCUACAUUUGAUAACCAAUAUUAUGUUAACCUUCUCUCUGGGGAAGGACUGCUUCCAUCAGACCAGACUCUGGUGAGUGGGAAUGAUCAGACACGGCAGAUUGUUGAAACCUAUGUAGAGAACCCGUUUGCUUUCUUUGAAGACUUCAAGAUUUCAAUGAUAAGAAUGGGAAGCUUGGGAUCAGAUGCGCAGAGUAACGGGCAGAUUCGCAGGGACUGCCGAACUAUUAACUAAUUUAAUAAAGUGGUGAUAAUUCCCUAUGUAAACGCAGUGUGAUGGUCGUGUGCUAUUUAAUCAUUAGAAAAAACUAUGCUAAGUGUGCAAGAUGA